CUGUUGUAAAUGCGUGUGUACGUGUGUGUGCCCUGGUAGGAAAGAUGGCGGCCUGUGCUUUGCGCCGAGGUUUGUUGAGCACUGUCAGUAAAUAUAACAGGAAACACACACAGAGAAUUCUUAGUGUCGCUGACAGCAGUAGCGUGUUUGACGUGAAUAAAACGCAGCUACAAUGCAGAGCCUGUGGACUGCUCAGCGGUGUUCAGCAGAAGAGGUUCAUGUCAUCACGGAACAGGCCCGAAGGGAAGAUUUUGGAAACAGUGGGAGUGUUUGAGGCUGUAAAGCAGCACGGAAAAUAUGAAACAGGACAGCUGUUUCUCCACAGUGUGUUUGGCUACAGAGGCAUCGUCUUGUUUCCCUGGCACGCUCGACUCUAUGACAGAGACAUUACCCCUCCCAUGUCUGACAGCAAACCUGAGCCCCCAGGAGCCCACGGUUCCAAGGAGGUUAAGGGAAAGACCCACACCUACUACCAGGUCCUGAUUGACACAAGAGAUUGCCCUCACAUAUCUCAGAGGUCCCAGACAGAAGCAGUGACGUUUCUGGCCAACCAUGAUGACAGCAGAGCUCUGUACGCCAUUCCAGGUCUGGACUAUGUGAGCCAUGAAGACAUCCUGCCCUAUAACUCUGCUGAACAGGCCCCCAUCCAGCACGAGCUGUUUGAGCGCUUCCUCAUGUACAACCCUGCCAAAUCUCCUCCGUUCACAGCCAGAGACACCCUGAAGGCAUGGCAGGAGAAGAACCACCCCUGGCUGGAGCUCUCGGAUGUCCACAGGGAGACCACAGAGAACAUCCGAGUCACCGUCAUCCCCUUCUACAUGGGCAUGAGGGAGGCCCAGAACUCUCAUGUUUACUGGUGGCGGUACUGUAUCCGUCUGGAGAACAUGGGCAACGAGGUGGUUCAGCUGAGAGAGAGGCACUGGAGGAUCUUCAGCCUGUCAGGAACCCUGGAGACGGUCCGAGGACGAGGAGUCGUAGGCAGGGAGCCGGUGUUGUCUAAAGAGCAGCCCGCCUUUCAGUACAGCAGCCAUGUGUCUCUACAGGCCCCCAGCGGUCAUAUGUGGGGGACGUUCCGUAUCGAAAGGACCGAUGGCUCCCACUUCGACGUUCGCAUUCCUCCUUUCUCUCUGGAGAGCAACAAAGAUGAUAAAGCGCCCCCCGCUGGCUACACAUUCUAACUGCGAGUAGUCGCCUCCCACCUGUAAGACCCCGGAAACGCCAUCUGUCCCGGUCCUCUCUGCAGUGUCUAGAAUUGUCCUCCCCCUGUAACAUUGCCUCAGACUUCAGCAGAAAUGAGUCAGGUUAUACAAAGGGAAAAUAUAAGCAUUGUCUAGAUGAUCCAAAUGCAGAUCCACGUUACCCUUAACUUGUCAGAGUGUACCUAACAGCAGUAUGUCAUUGAUUAAAUCAUCUGUUCAGCACCCCUGUGCAUCUUCACUCCUUGGUGUGUUUGAAGGAACAUGCACAGUCCUAGUGGACGAGCACUGCGGGGAUGUGGAGGGUUUGUUUUCAAAAUGGGACCUUUGGGUUCAUGAAAAGAGCAACAACUCCCACUGAGCUUCAUGCUGAGGCCUCAGUUGGAUACUUCAAAUCAACAAGUAAGCCAUCACUUAAACUACAUGUUACAGACUCCUCCCUCCCUCCUUAGUAAUAUUCUUGUGUGAAUUUAUGAAAGCAUAAUUUUUACCCUGGACCUAAUUUUCUUGUCAUGUUCUUUUAGUUUUAAUAGUACCCUAUCACAGUUUUGCCACACCUCUGUGGGUCCCUUAAGAGAGCAAUAUCAGGAUUUCUAGGCCGGUUAUAGUGCCGAAGUAUUUAUGUUUUACUGUUUUACAACAUUGAAGCACAGUGGGUGAAAGUGGGGUCUGUUUGAAACUGAUCAAUGGAGGAAAAAAAAUCCUCCUUAAUAUGAAAAUGAUGUAUAAAAAAAUACAUAAAACAGUCUUUUGGUUUUUUUUAUCAGCAUUCAUAGCCUUUUAUAGUCUGUGUGGAGAGGUUUCUGUCAGCUUUGUACACCUGGACUACUACAGUUGUCCCCCUUUCCUUAGUGUAAAACUUCUCAGCCUCUGUAAGGUUGCAGUUGCUACACAUGCUGGGUCACCUCACACAUCAGUGUUGUUUCCCUAAGGCGAAUCAGGGCCUGCUGUAGAGAAGCAUUCCCACAGCGGCCACCGCCAGACUUUAUGCCACAGUCACAUGAUGAUGUAUGAUUAGCGUACAGGCUCUGCCAUGACAGCCCGUAGCUCUCUCCUGAGGCCUCGCUGAGGUCUCCCUCCUUACAUGGGGACACACUUUUUGAAGAUGGCUCUCCCUCAGUGGUUUUACAGCUUGUAUUUACACCACUGACUUAGCUGUACUGGGAAUUAAUAUACAGUUUUCCAAAACCUGUCACAUGUAUGUGUGUACGGUUCUCACCACAAUGCCGUUAUUGCCAACAAAGAUAAAACAGCAGCCAUUUAACCUUCUGUAUUUAACCCUAAAAUUACUCGUCACACCUUGACUCCACGCUGAUCUCUGUCCACAUGAAAAAGCAAGUAUAAAAACAGUUAGGUGCUCCAGUUAUGUGAGUAAUUGAGGCGUGACAUUGUAAAGGGAGUGAAUACGUACGCCGUGAGUUAUUUUGUAAUUUUAUGAUAAUUUUAUGAUUUCAUUUUGGUGUACAGUCCCUUUCUUUGGAUCUGUGAUUUAAUGCUGUGGAAGAUCACAUAACAGUCAAGCAGGCCUGAAUCCCUUUUUAAUAAUCUCUGAACCUUGUGUUGACGGCCAAUAAACGGCUUCUUCUUUGCUUGAAAGGAAGUCAGGCUCAGGGUCUAAUUGUCUCUGAAUUACAAAUGCAGCACGCUACUAAGUAAUCAAACCAAGCUGUUCGCAGCAAGUAUUGUAACUAAUUGGAGAGGUGUGUGUGUGUGUGUGUGUUUAUUUAUGAUGUCUGCCUACUUCUCUGCAGUGGGCACUCUGCAAAACCCAGAAUGAAGUCUUCAUCCUGUAUGCCUGAUGUCUUUCACUCAGGCUGACUGUUUGACUUUGCAAACUCUGUGACAAAGUUUUGAGCCUAAAAUUUGUCUGGUAAAGUGAAAAACUAACAUCUUUGUUUUGAUAAGUGAUUUCAAGAAACUAUGAUGGUUGAAGUACUACUGUAAAUAGAGAUGUAAUUAAAGGCAAAACAAAUAAAUAUAGCUUUUGAAAAGUA